CCGACCGCAGGAAAGACGUGUGUUGGUGUGGUGUUCGAGCUGCUUUUCCCUCCGUGGCUUUUUUUUGGGGCCCUUUUUCUCUUUUUCCUAAACGGCCUUUUUUGGGGGUUGCUCGACAAGACGGAAAAACCGACGAAACGAACAGGACGGACGACCCAAUCCAGUAAUUCCUAGAAAUUAAUAAUCAGCAUCAACAAAGAAUAAAACGGUCACAACCUAUUCGACAACGGCGUCAACCACGAGCACCUCACCCAAACUACCGGUUCAGGCCAAUAGUGUAAAAAGAGUUAAAGAAAGCAAGCACGAAGAGAAAUGCAGAUGCAGCGACGAUAGCCGAAGCAACUCCAACAAAUCACCUCUUCCCCUUUCCUCCUUCUUCAUCCUAGGAAAGGACCGGUUUGCCUCCCCGCCGGGUGGUGCGUGUGUUGUGCGUGUGGGUGUGUGUGUGUGUGUGUAUGUGUGAGUGUGUCUCACCUCAACCUCGACCUCGACCUCAACCUCAACCUCAACCUCAACCUCAACCUCAACCUCAACCUCAACCUCAACCUACCUACCUAGCGACGAACCUAUUUUAGACGAUUCCGGCGCAUCGCCAUCGCAACCAUGCCAGACUUCUCCCCCGUCCUCCCAUCAACAACCUCGGCACCCCCCUCCCCGCCACAUUCCCUCUCCGCCAAAACCAUCACCACCUCCCCAAACCCCCUAUUACCGCUCUACAACCUCGCCGCCAACAUCCCCAUCCCCACCAAAUUCAAAAAGGCCAAACCCUCUCUUCGGUUACAGCGGGUAAAAUCCAAAGACGAAGCCGUCUCUCACGAUGUAACCAAACUGCAAACAUCCUUCGCCAUCCUUCCCUCUCUCAAACAGCUCCAAACCCGCAAAUGGACCCUCUGGGACCUCCAGCACAUGGUGACGUUUGGGUGUUUGGCCUUUUGUCUGCUCAUCACACCAUCAGCCCCGUUUCUCAAGAGCGCCGCGAUGGGGUUGCUAGCAGUUCUGCUGGCCAUGCCAGCGACGAGACAGUUUUUCCUGCCGUCGUUGCCGAUUUGGGUGUAUUUGUUUUAUUUCUUUGCCAGCAGGUUCAUCGCCCCUGAAUACCGCCCCCACAUCUGGGUCAAGGUCCUUCCCGCGCUAGAAAACAUCCUCUACGGCGCCAACCUGAGCAACAUCCUCUCGGCACACACCUACACCAUCUUGGACAUCAUCGCCUGGAUCCCCUACGGCCUCGGCCACUUUGCGCUCCCGUUGGUGACAACGGUGAUGCUGUUUUUGUUUGCCGCCCCUGGGACAACGCCCGUCUGGGCGAGGGCGUUUGGGUACAUGAGCAUCCUCGGCGUGACGAUCCAGAUCCUCUUUCCUUGCACGCCUCCCUGGUACGAGGGUCUGCACGGCCUCGAGCCGGCGCACUACGGCAUGGAGGGCAGCCCGGCUGGGUUGAAGAGGAUCGAUGAGCUGUUUGGCGUGGACAUGUACACGACGAGCUUCACGACCGCCCCGGUGCCGUUUGGCGCGUUUCCUUCCCUGCACGGAGGCGAUGCCGUGCUGGAGAUGCUGUUUUUGCAGUACUGCUUCCCGAGGUUCAGGGCUUUUUUCGUGGGGUAUGUGGUUUGGAUUGCGUGGAGCACCAUGUAUCUGAACCACCACUACGCGAUCGACCUUGUCGGAGGAGGGGUGAUUGCCGCGGUCACGUAUUACAUUGCGAGAACGAAGUGGCUUCCGCGCCCGCAGCUGGACAAGACGACGAGGUGGGAGUAUGAGUAUGUCGAGUUUGGCGACAGGCCGAGGGUGGCGCUCGACGAGGAGUAUGGUGGGAUGGGGUUGGGACUGCUUCAGCGACGGGGGAGCGACGAAUGGACUCUUGGGAGCUCGUCGAGCUUUGACUCGAUGAGCAGGGGGGACACCCUCUGCGGGAGCAGCAGCUCUUCGCCGAAUAUCCUCAGCCCGACGACGCCGAAUGAUGACCACCAUGGGGGGGACCUGUGGAGCAAAGUCCGGACGACGAGCCCGAGAGCGGUGGGGUUGACUGGGGUUGUGGUUGAGGAGGAGCAGAGGGAGGUGUAUGUGAGGUGAUCUCUUGGGAAAUUAAUCGACACAUCCAUCCUUUUCUCGCCACUUCUUCGACUCGGUUCCGGUUGCUUUUUUUCGAUCGCCUUUUUUUUUUAUACAACACGCGACUACUGCUACUAUCGUUAUUAUUUAUCUGUCGGGGCCAAUUCAUCAGCAUUUUAUUGGUUUGGGGUUGGGGGCAAACAAAUGGCAUUGGCAGGGCAUUUCGCAAGCUUUGUGUGUGUGUGUGCGCGUGUGUGUGGUUAUUUGGUAUAUACCCCAUAUCGUUCGCUCGCUUCAUUUUUAUAUAUAUAUGUGUGUGUGUACUGGAAAGGGGGGAAGUCAGUCUUGAUAGACAGUCGUUUCUGUUUAUUGGAGAAAGAACAAAUCAGACUUUUGGAUGGACAGAAGAGCGAGGGAGGGGGGAGGAGGGGGGAGGAGGAUAUAUCCCAUAUAAUGAGA